AACCACUGCCUUUAGUUUUUUUGUCGAUCUCGUCGUAAUCGACAUUUUUCUUUAUUAUUUUUUUAUUUUUUUAUUUUUUUUUACCGUAGAUGGUUUCGUUUUGAACCAUAUUACUGACAUUAUUUGUUUUGUGCACAGCUCCACAGUAUCACGAUAGUUCCGACGGAUUCUGCUGCUAGCUGGUUAACGUUAGCUUUUAGCUUCUCUGUAUGUAAACAAUGCGAUGAAGGCGACUGAAAGUUCCGGUUGACACACGGAAACAAACAGUCCGGAGCACGAACUGAAAGAAGUGGGCUUGUUGGUUUGCUGCAGUUUAAUUGAGAGGCUUGUCCUUGUCUCCUAUGGAGUCACUCAACACGUUUGAAUCUGAGAUGGAGGCUGAUGGACAAGGGAACUACUCUCUGUUUCCUGCUCUGGACAGCAUUGCAAGUCUGUCUGGGACUGCAGAAACACUGGAGAGUGAACCACCCAGUGAAAUUGCGGAGAAGCCAAACCUCACAUGGCUCGAUGCUGCACAGAUUGUCUUGGAGGAGGCAGGACGUCCCAUGCACAUAAAGGAGAUUAAACAGAGAAUCAUCGACAGGGGACUUGUUCAAUCCAAUGCAAAAUCGAGUCUGGAGGCUGUCAUGUACCGUGAGACACAAAAAGGCAGCAGGAGAUUCAAGAGGAUUGAGAACAGAAACGGAGUCUUUGCACUGCUGACUGAUGAGGAGCGGCAGCAGGCCCUGCAGGCCUUCACUGCCCAGUCUUUCCUCAGCUCUCCGCAGCAGAACACCAUCAGCGGUUCUGGCUCAGGGGCCUCGGCAGCCGCCUUCCCAUCCCCCACCGGUUCCUCAGAGCAUAAGGCCAAGAUGAAGAGAGGUUCACGAAAAAAUCAGAAUGAGAAGUACCGACUCAAGUACCUCAGGCUGCGCAAAGCAGCCCGUGCAAUGAUAUUUGAGAAUGCAGCUCUCUGUGAUGAGGUCGCUCACUUAGAAGAGAAGUUUCUGAGAGCAAAGGAGGAGCGAAGGUUUUUACUGAAGUCGUUGUUGCAGUACCAGUCUUUGUCAGAGGGGGAGAUACUACCUACACCCACCUCCAGCUCUCAUCCACCUGUGCCGCCUGUGGCAUUAACCUCAGGCCCUGCAGGGGCUUCAGGCCUGUCUGGGGGGCAUAACAUGGCGUCAGUGGUGUCGACAGGGGAAGAAGGACCUCUUAAGAAACCAAAGAAGGAAAGGAAAGAGCGAGGAAGGGAGAAUGGAAAGGAGGAGAUGCCAAAGAAGAUGUCUAAGAAGAGAAAGCUAGCAGACGGGUCUCGGAAGCUGGUGCAGCCCAUCCCUCUGGACUCAUCUGGUCGUCCCGUCUUUCCCAUCGUACUGGGAGGUUUAACGAUCUACAGUCUGGGAGAGAUAAUCACAGACAGAAUGUUGUUCCAUGACGAGUGUGCCAUCUACCCAGUGGGCUUCUGCAGCACACGAGUCUUUGCCAGCAUGAAAAACCCUGACCAGCAGUGCCUCUACACCUGCCAAAUCAAGGAUGGAGGAACAGGUCCACAGUUUGAGAUUGUGCCUGAAGAAGAUCCUCAAAACGCCAUCGUGGCCUCCUCUGCCCUGACGUGCCACUCCAACCUACUGAAGGCCAUCGCAUCUGUCAGUUCCAAGUCAGUGGCGCCCAUCGUGCCUUCAGGAGCAGACUUCUUUGGCUUCUCUCACCCCACCAUCCAGAAUCUCAUCCAGAGUUGUCCAGGAGCACGUAAAUGUACCAAGAGCAAGGAAAACAAGAAACUGGAAAACACUGCCAAGCCAGGACAAACUACAGAUGGAUUCGUUUUGAGGUGUGUCGCCCCGGUGACGGCCAGGUUCCUCACAGCCUAUCGGAGGACGAUGCCUCUGUCAACUUUGAGGCCUACCAGAGACACCAGGGCUUUGAUGAGAACAUCAAGACGGAGCACAUCACAGGACAGACACCGCAGUCUCCUAGCUCCUCUCAUCAGCAUCACCUGACCUCCCCCAACAUGAAGCCCUCUACGUCAUACUUCAGCCCCUGAUUCUGACAGCACUGGUGAAAUCAAAGCCUCACCUAAUCCUAAUCCUUCUUUCUUUCUUUCUUUCUUAUUUACAAGGCAUCAAAUUUUUCCUGGUUAAAUUAUUCAUGAAAUGGUGGCAUAACAACUCAAAUUUAUGCUAUUUAUUAUAUGUCUUCUUCCUAACUAGCCCCAGACAGCAUUACUGCGGAUGAGUGCUAGCAUGGUUGAUGAUAUGCUGAAUGUGGUAGAUGAAUUAGAUCUGUGCUUAACAUGCUAACCCAACACCACUGUAUUGAAAAUUACAUUCUUUACUGUAUGUAUAAGCGAGUCCUAGUUGACAGUAUAUUUAAGAUGUAAAUUGUAUAAGCUUGUUUUUCCACUAGUUGGGGAUUACACAGGAAAAACAUAAUAAGGUUAGUAUGCGCUCCAUGUACACAUUUUGUUGGAUGGCACACUAUUGCAUUGGUAUUUCACUGUUGGUACCCUAUUUAAAGUUUCACUAUUGAAAAAAAUUCUAUAUCAUGUUUGGAUGAAUCAAUAAUUUCAUUGCAUUUCAUUCAGUUUUUCUGUUUUACCAAUGCAAAAGCUCUGGCUUUGAAUGUAAACACAUCCACAAAAACUUAUUUGCUGAUUUGUCAUUUAUUUGUGCCAAAUGUCAAAAGGACUUAUUUGAAUCAGAGUUUUGUUAAAAUAAAAAUACAUCCGUCACA